GAAAGGAAAAGUAAAGAAAAUCAUGGGUGCAGAAGAAGAGCAACUAAACGAGAAAUCACCGUCUACGGCCAACCCCAUCACCCCGGCCCAAUUUCUCUCCUGGAAGCGCCAGAAGGAGGCUGAUACAUCAGCUAGAAAAGCUGAGGCAGCUAGGAAACGUGCAGAGGAUAUAGCUGCAGGAACAGUGCAAAUGAAUGGCCGGGAGCUCUUCUUGCAUGAGCCUUGGGUCUUUGAUAACACUAAGUAUUAA